UUAAAAUGGAGUCAGAAGGCUUGGACACGACUGGGGCCCACCUCUUCCCUCCUUUCUUCCUCUUCUGCAUUCCUCGAACUCAAAUGGUUGUUUCUGUUGUUCGAUCCAGGACCUGAUCCACAGAUUUCACCAGUUGAUUUUCUAUGGGGAACUGCUGCUCCGGUGCCGCAUCCUCCGCCGCCGCCGCUGGCUUGGCCGGUGUUGGUGGAAUUGCUUCCUCCGCCGCCGCCCCCAACGCCAACGACGCCGUUGACUGCUACCUCAAUUCUCGCGGCUUCCACGGACUUUUCUCUCAUAUCGAGCUAUCAUUUUCUGCUUCCAAUCUGCGAGACCGGGACGUGCUCUCCAAGAGCGAUCCGAUGCUGGUGAUUUAUACGAAAGGAAAAGAUGGAGCUCUUACUGAAGUAUGCCGUAGUGAAGUUGUUUUGAAUUCCUUAAAUCCUAAAUGGAUUAAGAAAUUUACGAUCGUUUAUCAAUUUGAGAUCGUGCAGACAUUGUUGUUUCGUGUGUACGAUAUCGACAAGCAGUUUCAAAAUUCAAGAGAGGAGAUGCUGAAGCUCGAUGAGCAGCAGUUUCUUGGCGAGGCAACUUGUACAUUGUCUGAGAUUGUCACUAAAUCAAACAGGACAGUUACCUUAGAACUCAUGCAUAAAGAAGGUUAUGCUCCACAGACUCAGUCACAAAACCAUGGAAAGCUUAUUGUCCAUGCUGAGGAGUCUGUUGCUUCUAAGACCACAACCGAGAUAGUAUUUAGGUGCUUAAAUUUGGAAUCAAAGGAUAUUUUCUCAAAAAGCGACCCCUUAUUGGUGAUAUCAAAGAUCGUAGAGUAUGGGGUUCCAAUCCCUGUGUCGAAAACCGAAGUCUUAAAGAAUGAUCUCAACCCAACAUGGAAGCCAGUCUUUCUAAGUGUUCAACAAGUGGGAAGUAAGGACAGCCCACUGAUAAUAGAAUGCUUUGACUAUAAUAGCAACGGCAAACACGUUCUUAUCGGGAAAGUUCAGAAAUCGCUUGCAGACUUAGAGAAGAUUCAUUCCGUCGGGCAAGGAAUCAAUUUAUCCUUACCAACUGGACAUAAACAUGAAGACAGGACUUUGAAGAGCCAGCUUUAUGUGGACAAGUUUUCGGAGACAGUCCAACAUACUUUCUUGGAAUACUUGGCAUCAGGUUUUGAAAUGAACUUCAUGGUGGCAAUUGAUUUCACAGCUUCAAAUGGAAAUCCCCGCCUUCCAGAUUCUUUGCAUUACAUCGAUCCUUCAGGAAGAUUAAAUGCCUACCAGAGAGCGAUAGUGGAAGUCGGAGAAGUAUUACAGUUCUACGACUCUGACAAACGCUUCCCUUCCUGGGGGUUCGGAGCUCGCCCAAUCGAUGGUCCAGUCUCACAUUGCUUUAACUUGAACGGAAGCGGCACUUAUUGUGAGGUGGAAGGAAUUCAAGGUAUCAUGACGGCGUACACCAGUGCCCUAUUCAACGUCUCUCUUGCUGGCCCGACCCUUUUCGGCCCAGUGAUUAAUGCCACUGCGACGAUUGCCAGCCAGUCGGUCGAACAUGGUGGAAGAAGAUACUACGUCUUAUUGAUCAUAACGGAUGGUGUAAUAACAGACCUCCAAGAAACUAAAGACGCAUUGGUCAGUGCAUCGGAUCUUCCAUUGUCGAUCCUCAUCAUAGGAGUUGGAGGAGCUGAUUUCAAAGAGAUGGAGAUACUGGAUGCGGACAAAGGAGAACGACUAGAGAGUUCGAGCGGGCGAGUGGCUUCACGAGACAUUGUCCAAUUUGUCGCAUUACGAGAUGUACAAUAUGGAGGAGAGGCUUCAGUAGUGCAGUCACUACUGGCAGAACUCCCAACGCAGUUUUUGACAUACAUGAGAACGAGGAAGAUCACACCAAGUACCUGACCACGCGCGCGCACACACACACACAUAUAUAUAUAUAUGUAUGUAAAGACUGAUGUGUGUACAUACAUACAUGUACAUGGGCUCUCAUGCCCUAGAACGAGACGCCACAAAACGGCGACGUUUUAGUUGCAUGAGGUUUGGUUCCCUUCUUUUAAACCGUACAAACUACAAAGUGAAUUAAUCAAUCUCCCCUUUGUUUCGACUUUCCAGAGAAUUAUUGUUUGGAAGAAGUGAAGGAUGUUUUUCUUUUGGAGAAUAGAGGUUGGGGCUUUCUGUU